UGAGAAACUGCACAGUUACAGUAGAAUAAGUCUGCUGUGUUUUCUUCCUUGGUGUGUUGAAAUAGCUACGCGCUGAGGAAGAGGGAACAGAUCAUUUUUCCAAAACCACUUGUAAUUAGUUUGGGGACUAAUGAAAAAAAAAACACCUUCAGCAGUUGAAGACGGGUAUCGAGCUGGGGUACAAUGAUAUUCUAAAAUAACUGCAAAGAAUAACUGAAGGUCUUGAUUAAUAUGCAAUAUUGAACACGUGUUAUUGUAUUUAGUGAUAACACUCAUGUUAUUUGUUCCUCUUCCAUUGAAAAUCCGGAAGGGAUUUAAGGAAUUAUUUUUUAGUAUAUCUGAAGUUUUGUACACAUUGACAUACUACUGUUUUAAAUUAAUAUACGACCCUAGCGGUGGCUUCAGUUUUACUCGACUAAAUUCGUGCAGGUACUGUUUGUAUACGUUUUGCUCGUUUUCUUUGGCUUGUAGUAGGGAACUAUGUAUAUCGCCCCCCUCCACAAUAGACUAUAACGUGAAGUAUCGCGGGACUGUGACGGGGCUGUCGAGAUUUAGAUCCGGAAGUUUAAUCUUCUGCUGUAAGUAUUACAAGCGUGUACUGGACCACGGAGAGAAGGAAAUGAGUGAGAACUCUGGGCUUGUGAAGCACACGGGUGGCUGUCACUGCGGCGCCGUGAGAUUUGAGGUGUGGAGCUCACCUGAUCUGAAUGUCUUCAACUGCAACUGCAGUAUUUGCACCAAGAAACAGAAUCGACACUUCAUCGUACCAUCGUCACAAUUCAGUCUCUUAAAGGGGUGGGAUAAUUUAACCACGUACACUUUCAACACUCACACUGCCAAGCAUACAUUCUGCAAGACCUGCGGGGUUCAGAGCUUCUACACCCCACGAUCCAACCCUGAUGGAUAUGGAGUGGCACCCCACUGUCUGGACCCAGGGACAGUGCGUAGUGUGACAGUGGAGGACUUCUGUGGAGAGAAGUGGGAGGAGAGCAUGGAACUGCACCAGACGAUAAGGAGCAUGUCCAUUCCCAGGCAGUGACAGUGGAGCUGUCUGCUUUCUGGUGGACGUCACUGGAACACAAGCAUCUGCAGACAGUUCAGAACAACACACUAAAAGGUGGACAUUUAAAUCUAGGGAAACUUGGAUUUUGAAAAGACAGGGUUACCUAUAGCUAAGAACUCUGUAAUUAAACUACAACCCUUAGUUAA